AUGGCGCAAAAGGCAAAGAAGGAUCGCGCCAAGUCCAACGCGGCCGCUCUGAACAACCUCCACAUCGGCUCUGCCAUCGUCAACGUCGGCUUCUUGCUCUUUCACUUCCUCAUCAGAUCUCGCUCUCUGUUCUGGUUCAUCCUGUUUUCCGCACCCGCCUUGAUCUGCGAGUUCGUCCUGGAAAACACCGGACGCCCCAAGUACGACGCCGGAGGAGGCCUCAAGACGGCCGGCGAGGACCUUGCCGCCCCCGGCUUGACCGACUACAUGUUCGACGUCAUCUGGGUCACUUGGGCUUCUGUCAUUGCCGUCGUUCUGUUCGGCAACUGGGGCUGGAUUUUGUGGCUCACUGUCCCGGCUUACGGCGCCUACGCCGGUAUUGGACUGCUUGGAGCUGGCAAGAGAAUGGCUCAGGGUAUGCAGGGAGGCAACGACGAGGCCCCCGCACCCGUCAAUCGCCGCCAGCGCCGUGCAGCAUAA